AUGAAGUUUGGUCAACAGCUCAAGCUCACCCUCAACAAGGAAUACCGCUUCCAAUACGUCGAGUACGACUCCCUCAAAUUCUUCAUCAAAGAACGUCUCGGAAACAACAACAACCAAUGGACCGAUGACGACGAAGCCGCAUUCGUGCACGAGCUCGAGGGGGAACUCGACAAAGUCUACACGUUUCAACAGGUAAAAGCCAAGGAGAUUGAGAGACGGAUAAGGAUGACUGAGGCGGAUGUCGAUAAGGCCGUUGCGGCGGCGCAGAGUGAGGGAGGUGUGGGCGAAGAUGAGUUCAUUGAGCUCGAGCAGGAGUUGAGUGAUAUCAUCGCCGACGUCCACGAUUUGGCGAAUUUCUCGACGCUGAAUUACACCGCUUUCCAAAAAAUCAUCAAGAAGCACGAUAAACAAACACACUUCCGUCUCAAACCCAUUUUCGCCGCUCGGUUGAACGCAAAGCCCUUUUUCAAGGAAAACUAUGAUGCGCAAAUUGUGCAUUUGUCAAAGUUGUACGACGUUGUCCGUACGCGGGGGAAUCCCGUCAAGGGCGACGCGUCCGCAGGAGGGAGUCAGCAGAAUUUCGUGAGGCAGACGACGAAGUAUUGGGUUCACCCACAAAACGUGACGGAGCUCAAACUCAUUAUCCUCAAACAUCUCCCCGUUCUGGUCUUUAACCCAAACAAAGAGUUUUCGAAGGCGGACAGUGCGAUUAGUUCUAUCUAUUAUGAUAAUGAGGAUCUCGAGCUCUACACUGGACGAUUGGAGAAGAGUGAGGGAGCGGAGGCGAUUCGGAUGAGGUGGUAUGGUGGGAUGGACGCUAACACGAUCUUUGUGGAGAGGAAGACGCAUCGCGAGGAUUGGACGGGGGAGAAAUCGGUCAAGGCGCGGUUUGCGAUCAAGGAAAAAAAUUUGAAUGCGUAUUUGAAGGGGGAGUACCCCGUUGAGAAGGUGUUCGAGAAGAUGAGGGCACAGGGGAAGGAUGAGAAGGAAAUUCGACAGUUGGAGCAAUUGGCGCGUGAGGUACAGUAUUCUGUUAUCACGAAGAAAUACCGCCCCGUCGUCCGCUCCUUCUACAACCGCACAGCCUUCCAACUCCCCGGCGAUGCCCGAGUUCGUAUUUCUUUGGAUACCGAGUUGGCUAUGACCCGCGAAGACAACUUCGACGGCCAGGACCGCACAUCCGGUAACUGGCGCCGCACGGACAUCGGCAUCGACUGGCCCUUCUCCCAACUCCCCGACACAGAAGUCGAACGCUUCCCCUACGCCGUCCUCGAAGUCAAACUCCAAACCCAACUCGGCCAGGAACCCCCCGAAUGGAUCCGACAACUCGUCGCUUCCCAUCUCGUCGAACCCGUCCCCAAGUUCUCCAAGUUCAUCCACGGGACGGCGAUGUUGUUGUAUGACCAUGUUGAGCUUUUACCGUUUUGGUAUUGUCAAAUGGAUGUGGAUAUCCGCAAGCCGGUUAGUCAUCGGUUUGGAAUUGAGAGGCCGGCGGGGGCGGGUGGGGGGAGUGAGGCGAAUACUACGACAGAGACAACGGAUGAUGGGCAUGAUGGUAACCUCAUGGAUGAGGAGGAGAGGGUCGAGCGUGGUCUGCCUGAAGGCCGGUAUCCUGCGCCUGGGGAGGAGGAGACGGAGCAUACUCCCCUCCUUGAACGCCCGCGGGAAAGACGGCAUCGAGCCGGAGAGGGGUUGAGACAGUGGUUGGUCACGGUCAAGACUUAUGUCAAGGAACACAUCCUCCGCAAAGAACCCGAACAGGAUCCUCGGACGGCCGUUACGUACGCCCGCACCUUCCGCGCCCCCCGCGGCAAAAAAAUCGCAGUCCCAGUGCGUGUCGAGCCCAAGGUCCAAUUCGCACUCGAACGCACCUUCCUCUCCUGGAUGGAAUUCUCCAUCCUCCUCGGUGCCAUCGCCGCAGGCCUCCUCAACUUCGGUGACAGUGCGGGUGUCACGGCAGCGAUUGGAUUCACUGCCGUCUCUGCGCUCGCGAUCGUCUAUUCAGCGGUGAUGUUUUUGUGGAGGGCGGGGGCGGUGAGGAGGAGGAAGGCGGUUGAUUAUGAUGAUUGGAUUGGUCCGGGGGGGUUGUGUUUUGUGUUGGCUUUGGCUGUUGGGGUUAAUUUCUGGUUAAGGUUGGAGUAG